AUGGCCCUGGAAGCCAUAUUUUCAAUGAUUUUUGCCCAGGUACUAUGUAACAUACCCAAUCCUGAAUGCAGCAUUAGUGAUCCUCUGCCUUUUCUUCACAAGGAAUACAACUCAGGAGACCUCAACAUUGUAGGCAUUCUGUCUAAGAUCUACAUAUAUUAUAAUGUGAUGGACUUCACUGAACCACCCUCUACUAAUCUUUUUGAUGAAAUUCUGGUCGUGACACCCCUCUUUCAGCAGUUCCUGGCUUUGCAAUUUGCAAUCAAGGAGAUCAAUGAAGAUCCUCAUAUUUUACCCAAUUGCACCCUGGGCUUCCAUAUCUAUAACAGUUAUUUUACUACAAUUUGGACCUAUCGUGCCUCAUUGGAACUCUUUUCUGCUCAGGGCAGAUUCACUCCUAACUACAGCUGUGACCAGCAGAACAGACCAAUAGCCGUCAUUGGAGGAGCAACGUCUGCAGUCCAGGCCCAUAUGACCACCAUCUUGUCUCUCUACAAAAUACCACAGAUCAUCUAUGGCUCAACUCCAGAGAUGAAUACAAAAACACAGGCUCCUGUAUACCAACAGAUGUUCCCAAAUGUGGAGCAUCAGUACAAGGGAAUUCUCCGGUUAUUGCUCCACUUCAGGUGGACUUGGAUCGGGGUGUUAUAUUCAAAUAAUGAUUAUGGUGAAAGGUCCAUAAUGGAUGAGGAAGAUCAUACUAUCUGCACUGGAGAAGAAAAACUGGACAGUCUCCCGACAUCUGUGUUUGAAAUGGACAUGACUGGCCACAGCUACAGCAUCUACAAUGCAGUCUACGUAGUGGCACAUGCAUUGCAUGGCUUCCAGUCCUCUCUUUCCAAAUACAGAACAGAAGAGCAUGGAGCCAGACAAAGUCUUCUAAAACUGCCACUCUGGAAGCUGAACUACUUUAUGAGAAGAGUCUCAUUCAACAAUAGUGCAGGAGAAAAAAUCUCCUUCAACCAGAAUGGAGAGUUAGAAGUUGGAUUUGAUAUUGUAAAUUGGAUCACUUUUCCAAACCAGUCUUUCCUGAGAGUCAGAGUUGGAAGGAUUGACCUGAUGGAUUCCCAAGAAGAAACACUUACCAUUGAUAAGGAGGAUAUUGUAUGGCCACGGAGGUUUAACCAGGCCCAGCCACUUUCUCAGUGUAACAACAAGUGCCCUUCAGGUUAUAGUAAGAGCAAGACAGAAGGGAAGCCAUUUUGCUGCUAUGAUUGCCUUCGAUGUCCAGAGGGAAAAAUGGCUAACCAAGAGGACAUGGAAGACUGUGUUGAAUGUCCAGAAGAUAAGUACCCAAACAAGGAUCAGGAUUUGUGUCUCAGCAAAAUGAUAAUGUUCUUGACAUAUGAAGAAUUUUGGGGGAGUCUUUUGGCCAGUUCUGCUCUUUUUUGUUCGUUUGUCACAGCUGUAGUACUGGGAAUCUUUAUUAAGCAUCUGGACACUCCACUAGUUAAAGCCAACAACCGGAACCUCACCUACAUUCUGCUUGUUGCUCUCUUGUUGUCUUUUCUUUGUGCAUUGCUAUUCAUUGGCCAACCUUCCAAGAUGACAUGUCUCCUUCGUCAAACCACCUUUGGUGUUAUUUUCUCAGUGGCCAUUUCUUGUGUUUUAGCCAAAACCAUCAUUGUGGUUCUGGCUUUCAUGGCCACCAAACCUGGCUCCAAGGUGACCAAAUGGGUGGGGAAAAGACUAGCCAUGGCAAUAGUAUUUUGCUGCUCCUUUAUUCAAGUUAUGAUUUGCACAACAUGGGUGACAACCUCUCCCCCAUUUCCAGAUGUUGACAUGAACUCAAAGAAAGAGGAAAUUAUCUUGGAAUGUAAUGAGGGCUCAGUCUUCAUGUUUUAUUGUGUCUUAGGCUAUUUGGGCUUCCUUGCCAUCAUCAGCUUCACUUUGGCUUUCCUAGCGAGGAAAUUGCCUAACACUUUCAAUGAAGCCAAGCAUAUUACCUUCAGCAUGUUGAUCUUUUGCUGUGUCUGGGUGUCCUUUGUUCCAACAUAUUUGAGCACAAAAGGGAAAUACAUGGUUGCUGUGGAGAUCUUCUCCAUUAUAGCCUCCAGUGCUGCACUGCUGAUUUGUAUCUUUUCCCCUAAAUGCUUUAUCAUUGUUUUCAGGCCUGAUCUGAACAAGAAAAUGCAGCCCACAAGGAAAAAGAAAUAG